ACUACUCUUACGACCAAACAUUAUCAGCUCUUGCGCUUCCAGAAGAUUGGGACGAAUUCAGCAAGGUCCUAUACGCAAAUAUAAUACAUGCUGACAUGACAGCUGAACUUCCUUACUAGCACUCCUCCCUUUUCUUCACUCCAUUCAAUUUUCUUAUCUCACCCCCACCGCUCUUUAUUCACUCAUCAUGUUGACACUCACUAACAUCACUUGGCUGGAUCUAUGUCUUGCCGGCGUCGGAGUGUAUAUGGUGAAGCAGGUAUUCUCCCAGAAGAAUCCCGCACCAUACCCCCCUGGUCCCCCAGGGCGUCCUCUCAUCGGGAAUAUCCCAGACAUGCCUGCGGUCAAGCCCUGGGUCACCUUCACUGAGUGGGGCAAGAAAUAUGGCGAUAUCUCACAUGUGGAAGUUCUGGGUCAGCACAUCAUGGUUUUGAACUCUGUAAAGACUGCGGUGGAAAUGCUGGAUAAGAAAAGCUCUGUCUACUCCGAUCGUCCUGUUCUACCUAUGGGUGGUGAACUUGUCGGCUGGAAAAAUACUCUCGUUCUUCUCCCUUACGGUGAUCGUCUACGUGAGUACCGCAAAAACUUCCAUCGCGUCAUUGGCAGUCGUGCCUCCAUGGAUAUAUAUCAACCGAUCGAGGAAAUCGAGACCCACCGAUUCUUGAAACGUGUACUUGCGAAACCCGACCAACUCCAGUCACACGUGCGACACACCGCUGGCGCUAUCAUUCUCCGCAUCUCUCAUGGUUAUGAAGUCAAGGAGAACAAUGAUCCCUUUGUCGACCUUGCCGAUCUUGCUGUUGACCAAUUUUCGAAAUCCACCGCUACUGGUGCCUGGAUGGUUGACAUCAUACCAUCCUUGGCUAAGGUACCCGAGUGGCUUCCUGGCGCUGGCUUCAAGCGCACAGCGCGUGAAUGGCACGAGUCCCUCGAAGAGAUGGUCGCUGCACCCUACAAGUUCGUCAAGGAUCAGAUGGCUGCUGGUAUUGCCCCGAAAUCUUUCGUCUCGAAUCUGCUCGAAGGCCGUACUGUGACUGCCGAAGAGGAUCACGUUGUGAAGUGGUCUGCUGCAUCCUUAUACUCUGGUGGUGCCGACACGACAGUUUCGGCAAUAUACUCGUUUUUCCUGGCCAUGACACUUUUCCCUGACGCGCAGAAGAAGGCUCAAGCUGAAAUCGAUGCCGUUAUUGGUCCUGAUCGUCUUCCCUCCUUUGUUGACCGCGACUCCCUCCCCUACACUGAGGCCCUCGCGAAGGAAGUCCUACGCUGGAACGCUGUCGUCCCUACCGCUAUUCCUCACCGUGUUAUUGAAGACGACAUCCAUGAUGGGUACUACAUCCCCAAGGGCUCUUUCAUAAUGCCCAACGUUUGGUUCAUGCUCAAUGAUCCUCGGACAUAUACCAACCCCUCGGAAUUCAACCCUGACCGCUUCUUGGCCAAGGAAGGAAAGGAGCCUGAGACCGAUCCUCGCACGAUCUGCUUUGGGUUUGGUAGACGUAUCUGCCCAGGUCUCCACCUUGCCGAUGCGUCUGUCUGGAUGUCUGCUGCAAUGUCGCUUGCCGUAUUUGACAUUUCCAAGGUUGUGGAGAAUGGUGUCGAGAUCACCCCUGAGGUUGAUCCCUCAUCAGGUACAAUCAGCCACCCCAAGCCUUUCAAGUGCUCUAUUAAGCCCCGUUCUGCAAGGGCCCUUGCGCUCAUCCAGGAAGAUGCUUAGUACCUCAGGGAGUUACCUGGGGAAAAUCGCAGGAAUACAUCCAUUGCCUUGGGUGGCAACUCACUUGACGACUUGACAAUGCGUCAUACUUUGUAUCUUGCACUCAGAGGAUGUGCAAAAUUGGCCGUACAUCUCGAUUAUCAUAUAUUUAUGACAUCUUACUUUCAUCUUGUUGGAAUAUUUUACGAUGUGCAAAUGGUAUUACCGUGAAUCUUCCCUGGCUUAGAAGCGUGUACCCGGAUGAUAUGGUCACUACCUUCGUUACAAUGUUUUGGCAAUGGAUGUGUGCUAGAAAUAAGGACCCAUAUCAACAGGCGCACACGAUCUGUCUGUCAACUUGCUUGACUGGCACCUGCCAAUGAGAUGUUAUGACGAAAUUUGGCUUACCGACAAAUGCACAUGAUCA